GAGAUCUGGAGUCCUUUAAGAAGCAGUCCUUUAUCCUGAAGGAGGGAGUGGAGUACAGAAUAAAGAUCAGCUUCAAAGUGAACAAGGAGAUUGUCUCGGGACUCAAGUAUGUCCAGCAGACCCACAGGAAAGGAGUGAGAAUUGACAAGUCAGACUACAUGGUGGGGAGCUAUGGGCCRAGGCCGAACGAGUACGACUUCCUGACCCCGCUGGAGGAGGCUCCUAAAGGCAUGCUGGCCCGCGGCACCUACAACAUCAAGUCCAAGUUCACCGACGACGAUAAGCACGACCACCUUUCCUGGGAGUGGAACCUCAACAUCAAGAAAGACUGGAAAGACUAAGAAAGAGGCCUUCAAAACMAAACCCCACAACCAUGUCCCCAUUUCUCCAUKAGUUUAUKUUCUUCURCUUCAUUCCAUCCUCAUGUCUUCAAUCUUCAUUCCGACCCUUCCUCUUCAUUCCGACCCUUCCAUCCCUCUCUCGUCUCCCACGUUUCUCCCCAUUUAUCCGUCUGCAUUAGUAGCAGCAGCAGAAGCAACG